AUGGAGGACGACAGAGCCCAGGUCGAUCUCGGCCUGGCCGCAGAUAUAGAAGAGUCUCAGAUGCUUCAGGCACAGGCUACAGCACAUGAUAAUACGACACAGCCUGACGACCAGGAACCAGCCGUCAAGAUACCUAAAAAGCGCUUCGUGGGAAGAAGAGCGGCUGCUGAAGCUGCCGCCAAGAAUGGCGUGCAAGGGACCACGGGAGAGAGCGGUGCUCUGCAGACCGCCAAGCCAAGACGCGCUCCAAGACUGCUGAACCGUGUGCCGCCCGAGAUUUCCGAGAACCCCAAGCUCAAGGAAGCCAUUGCGCUGCUGCCCGCCAACUACAGCUUUGAGAUUCCCAAGACGAUCCACCGCAUCCAGACGUCGGGCUCGAAAAAGGUCGCCCUGCAGAUGCCCGAGGGGCUGCUGCUCUUCGCCACCACAAUCUCCGACAUCCUGACGCAGUUCUGCCCGGGCAUCGAGACGCUCAUCAUGGGCGACGUGACGUACGGCGCCUGCUGCAUCGACGACUACACGGCGCGCGCGCUCGGCUGCGACCUGCUCGUGCACUACGCCCACAGCUGCCUCAUCCCCGUCGACGUGACCAAGAUCAAGACGCUCUACGUCUUUGUCGACAUCAGCAUCGACACGGCGCACCUGAUGGCCUCGCUCGAGCGCAACUUUGCCAGCGGCAAGACCAUGGCCCUCGUCGGCACCAUCCAGUUCAACGCCACGAUCCACGGCGUGCGCAGCAGCCUCGAGGCCGCGGGCUUCCGCGUGCUCGUCCCGCAGAUUGCGCCGCUCAGCAAGGGCGAGAUCCUCGGCUGCACGUCGCCGCGCCUCCGCGACGAGGACGGCGUCGACCUCAUCCUGUACCUCGGCGACGGCCGCUUCCACCUCGAGAGCAUCAUGAUCCACAACCCGACCAUCCCGGCGUACCGCUACGAUCCGUACUCGCGCAAGCUCACGCGCGAGACGUACGGCCACGGCGAGAUGCAGUCGGUGCGCGCGGCGGCCAUCGGCACGGCGCGCCGCGCCCGCCGCUGGGGGCUCAUCCUCGGCUCGCUCGGCCGCCAGGGCAACCCGCACACCAUGGCGCUCAUCGAGCGCCGGCUGCGCGACCGCGGCAUCCCCUGGGUCAACCUGCUGCUUAGCGAGAUAUUCCCGGGAAAGCUGGCGCUCAUGGCGGACGUCGAGUGCUGGGUGCAGGUCGCGUGCCCGCGGCUGAGCAUCGACUGGGGUUAUGCGUUUGCGCGCCCGCUGCUGACGCCGUACGAGGCGCUCGUGGCGCUCGGCAUCACCACCGAGGACUGGUCGGAGGAGAGUGGCGGCGGUGGUGUCUAUCCGAUGGACUACUACGGCAAGGAUGGGCUGGGCCGGACGAAGCCGCUGGACGCUGCGGCUGCGACGUGA